UCCCGGCCAUGUGACCCCGCGGCCCGUCUGGGACGCGACGGGACGCGCUGGGACGGGCGCUGGGGGUCGCGGGCGGCAUGGAGCGGAGGUGGGUCUUCGUGCUGCUCGACGUGCUGUGCGUGCUGGUCGCCUCUCUGCCUUCCGCCAUCCUGACACUCGUGAACGCCCCGUACAAGCGAGGAUUCUACUGCGGAGAUGACUCCAUCCGGUACCCCUACCGUCCGGACACCAUCACCCACGGGCUCAUGGCCGGGGUCAUCAUCACCGCCACCGUCAUCCUUGUGUCGGCCGGGGAGGCCUACCUGGUGUACACAGAUCGCCUCUACUCCCGCUCUGACUUCAACAACUACCUGGCCGCCCUCUACAAGGUGUUGGGGGCGUUCCUGUUCGGGGCUGCAGUGAGCCAGUCGCUGACAGACCUGGCCAAGUACAUGACCGGCCGGCUGCGGCCCAACUUCCUGGCCGUGUGUGACCCUGACUGGAGCCGCGUCAACUGCUCCGUGUACGUGCAGGUGGCGGUGUGCAGGGGAAGGCCUGCUGACGUCACCGAGUCCAGAUUAUCCUUCUACUCCGGACACUCCUCCUUUGGAAUGUACUGCAUGGUGUUCUUGGCGCUCUACGUGCAGGCCCGGCUGUGCUGGAAGUGGGCACGGCUGCUGCGGCCCACCGUGCAGUUUUUCCUGGUGGCCUUUGCCCUUUACGUGGGCUACACCCGUGUGUCUGACCACAAACACCACUGGAGUGAUGUUCUCGUUGGCCUCCUGCAGGGGGCGCUGGUGGCCGGCCUCACUGUCCGCCACGUCUCCGACUUCUUCAAAGCCCGGCCCCCGCAGCACUGCCUGGAGGGCGAGGAGGCCGAGCGGAAGCCCACGUCACUGACGCUGGCCCUGCGCGAGUGCGGCUGCAGCCUCUGCGGGUCCCCUCCUGCUGGGGCUCGGGCUGAGGGCAGCGAGCACGUCCGUGGCCCUGGCAGCUCCCUAAGCCGGGAUGGCUGGAUCCUGGCGGAGCAGCCCUGCUACCCGCGCCUGCAGCGCCGCCUGCUGGUCUCUCCGUCCUCCCGCCGGGCACAGUCUUCCACCUUCCCCGCUGCCUCGGAUGCUCUGUCUCCACACUGUCCUGUGAUCAGCCCGUCGUCCCCACCGCCGUCACCCCCAGCUCCACACCCCUCCUCCAGCCUCAGGGAUGACCCAGGACCCUUCGUGGGCUCCCCCGCCUGCCCACCCUUGGUCUGUGUCCUCAGUCCACGUGUGAAGACAGGGAACAGCUACAGCCACAGCACCGGCUCCAUGGACGGCACGGCGGCUCGUGGGCCUGGACCGUGCGCUCUCGUCCCCCCACGCCUGACACCCCCUGACAGUCGUGACGCGGUGACACUGGCUGCUGGGCGUCCAGUCAGGAGGGACCAGAGGCAGCACCUGGUGCCAGGCCCACCGCCUGCCCCUCCCGGUGCCCACGUCCCACCGACCCGCAUUCCCGGUGUGGACGUCCAUGUGCCCGAGCUGCUCCGUGUCCUGUUCCCACAUGGGACACCCCCAUCCCUGCUUCUCCCUAAUGACGACCUGGACCCCGAAUGUUCUGGGCAGGAAGAGGGCAAGGAGGACGCCGGCCUGUCCCGUCUGCCUCCCGGGGGCCCAGACACAGGGCUCGGGGGCUGCUGGGCCUUGAGGUCUGGAUGCUCCCAGGUGUGGGAUGAAGCUGCCACUGCCCGCUGGAGCUGCUCCUUCUGA